UUGUAAGUUGAAAAUUAUAAUGUACUGUUAUUUGUUAGGGUGCAGGUACCGCUCCACCCGUCUGUACAAAAUGGCGUCGCUCAGUUGGACCGAGAUCGUGCAAGCUCAAAAGGAGAACAGGCGAGAAUUGCUUCUUAAUGGUCCUCAGAUCGCACAGCGAAUCGUCCGGUCAGGAUUAGAUCGUACACUGUACUCACUGGAGCUCUUGAACUAUUUAGAAAUUGCCGACGCGUCGCUUCCAGACCUGUCAGAAGACAUCGGCAAACUCGUGAAUUUGGUGAAUCUGGUUUUGCGUGGCAACAAAUUGUCAACACUGCCCUCAGCGGUAGGAAACCUGAAGGUGCUCCGUCUGCUUGAUGUCUCCAGCAAUGUACUGAAGACUUUACCAGACGAGUUGGGGGAACUGUCUGAGUUGCACACACUUGAUGCCAGCCGGAAUGACUUGGAAGGUUUGCCAGAGUCGAUCGGUAAACUUCACCGCUUGUCAGUGCUGAAUAUUUCAAGUAACAAGAUAGAAUCGUUGGAGCCCUUAUGCACUGGUCAGUUGCUGCAUCUCAGUGAGCUUACUGGAGUGAAAAAUGCCAUCACUGUUAUCCCGGAUACCAUUAGCCAUCUUCAAGCCUUGAAGAAGCUUGAUCUCAGCUCGAACAAGAUCGCAGAGGCCCCGGCAUCACUCGCUGAUUGCACCAAACUGAAGGACGUGCUGUUGACAGAAAACCCAUUCCGCGAUCGUCGCCUUGGAAAACUUGUCCAGCAGUCGCGGGGCACCAAAGCCACCUUGGAUUACAUCCGCACCCAUGGGACCAAGAAGUCGGCACCAGAGGAGAAGCCGGCAAAAGCCAAGAAGAAGAAAGGACGAAAGAAGGCGGCGUCUACCGGCAGUGACCUCAGUGAGGACUUGGACAAAUUAAUGCUGCGGGUUCUGAACUUUAAGGACUCGUCGGAUGGGGGCGUGGAGGUUAUUGUCAAGGAGGGCGUGGCCAGUGUCAGGCCCUUCAUUGUGUGCUGCAUACUCAGGGAUGUCAACUUCCAGAAGGGGACCCGAUUCAAACGAUUCAUCACAGCUCAGAACAAGUUACAUGAUGGACCACUGUGUGCCAAACGAACCAAAGCCACUAUUGCCACCCAUGACCUCAGUCUUGUCAAGUUCCCGCUCACCUACGAAGUCAAAGAGCCAGCAGAAAUUCAGAUCACUCCCCUCGGUCGGAAUAAGUGUACAUCUGCAGAUGCAUUAAUGACCCAGCUCCGUAAGGAAGCAGACGACUUGCGCAAAGAGAGCAAACGAAACACAGUCUCUGGCAUUCACAAAUAUCUGGAGUUGCUGGAUGGACACCAGAAGUAUCCUUGUCUUUGUGAUAGAGAGGGUCAGGUGAUCUCCUUUCCACCAAUCACAAAUGCUGACAUAACUAAGAUUUCCCGCUCCAGCGAUCACAUCCUCAUUGAGGUGACAAGCUCCACCGAUUUGGCCGUGUGCAAGAAGGUCAUGGAUGCCCUGCUCCAGCGUAGUGCAGAGAUCCUCCUGGAUAGCCCAGGGACAGGCACCGCAGCAUCUGAUGACCCUGAUGAGGAUGUGAACCCGGGACCAGCAGACGAGGCAGCAGCUGCAACUGAUUCUGCCGGAGGGAGGGAGGUUGGAGGUCAGAGGUCACUGGUUGUGGAACAGGUCCGGGUCAGUGGAGUGGAGGGUAGCCUGAAAGUUGUGUAUCCCUCACGCACCGACCUGCAAGACAUGACGGAUAUAAAGGUCAUCAGGUCAUAGGUUAGCUAUCAUGUCAUUAUGCAACAAGUUGUCACUAGGACUCACAAAGUGGCAAAGCUAAUUUGUCUAAACCUUGUCCGUUGCCAAGACGUACUUUAUGCUUCACAACUCGAGGCCUACUAAGAUACCCUAUGUCUAGAUAACGGUAAAAUAGUGACAGUGAGUAGAUUGUGGAUGUUGAAUCUGUGUUUAACGGUGAUUGCCUCCACCAUCAUGAUGGAUUGAGGCCAACCAUAUAAAUUGCCAACGAUUGUUCCUUGCCGAUUUCGAGAAAAAAGGAUUUUUCUUGAGGCCGGUACAGUAUUAUUUAAGCUUUACUAAAAUGUAAAUUUUACUGAAGAUUCAUUUUUGCAGCAUGCAUUCACAGUUACAAAAGCGCAGAAGAUAAGAUGAAGGCAGCCCUUUUAACUUAAGUUAGUACAGUUUUGCCUGAAUCCUUACGUUAUAUCAAAUAUAACAAACCAAGUACAUGUAAAUGCAUGAUUAAAGAAUUGUAUAAGACAUGCAAAUAGCCAAGCUUUGCUGCUGUUGGAAUCUAAGAACCAUAUUCAGAUAUUUUAUAGGGUAUGUGAUGGGUAGAUUAGUUUAUGUUUGUCUUGUAAAUGGCAACAGUUGAUGAAUAAAAUGCUAAAAUGCCCCACUGGUUUCUGGUGUGAGCAAGGCAAAAUCAUGGAGCAUGGAAAUACUUGUAGGUGUGAUGUUCAGAUUUCAUGAAAUUCAGACUCAACGGCUGUAUUGUACCUGCUGAAGUAGUCAAAAUAAGUCAUAGGUGCAACUUCAGUCCAAAUGCAGAUUCCCCAGGGGUCGAACUUUAUUUGACAGUGUCUCCUUCAACUAUUCGAAAAGAAUAAAUCGGAGUUUAAGACCCUUGGCAACAUUUUGUGGUGGUUGGUUUUAUGAGUUUAUAAAAACAAAGACGAGGUGGUAGGACAGUUGCCCGCUUGUUAGUGUGCUGUGAAUGUUUCUUUGCAUGAGAAUUCGCCAAAAUCUACUCCCACCUUGAAGUGUGCGACUUGGAACAAUGAGGGAUUUCCUGAGACAAUUAUGACUGCUUGGUCAGUCGACAGAUUGAAAUAAUUGAAUUAGGUGCACUCUGUGGUGUUUACACGUUUGAAAACAGUAGUGUUGAAAACAAUAUCUGAAAGACAACUCGAAACAUAUGUAAUUGCUUUGUACCUUAUCGAAUAAAAUGAAAUUU